AUGACUCCCGUACUGCAGUACGAGUACUUGCUUGUACUUGGCCGUGGCAUUGUCGUCCCUCUCCUCCUUUGCUGCUCACACAUGCAUCCGCAUAUUGCGUCGCCAGAUUACCAUGCGUUUUGCGUCAUGCGGCAGAGACAGAUGACCGCUUCCUUGAUACGCAUGCCCUCACUCUCGUUUCCUCUCGCCGCACCCUUGAUGGAAUGUCAUUAA